AUGGCUUGGGGCUUGCCAUACGAAAAUGAGUUAUGUAAGCGGAACAAGUGGCUCUCUCUUUCAGGAAUGUCUGAUACAGUUUCACAGACUGUCAGAAGCCUUGGCGAGCCAGCCAGGGAUCAGACUCUCCAUCCAGUUCUCCAAGGCCGGCCGACAUUACCCACAACCCUUUUAGGUGUCCCGCCCUUGGAAGCGGGGGGCGUUCGGGCCAAAGACCAAUGGAUGGGAAGGCUUGGCUGCCUCUUGGCUCUUCAGGGAGCCUGCCUCCGGGUCGGGGCUGCAGGCCGAAGAGUGCCCAGUGUGGGAACCCUUCCUCAUCGCUCCCUGGGUCACACCUGCUCCCAGCCUUGCAGAGUCGCUGAACAGAUUGUGGUUCUUGUUAUGGAACUCAAUUGCUGGGAAGGAAAACUCGUCUGGGGUGCUGGAGAGCGAGCAAAAGCCGGACGCCGCCGUUUGAUACCGUCACGACCAAGUGAACGGUUUGGUAACCGAAGGACCAGCUGGAAAUCCUGUUCCCCGCUCCCUGACCCAGGGGCUAGCCUCAAGCUCAAUCCCGCACUUAAAUGCCAGAGGGCUAACGGGAGGCGGUGUGCGUUUGGGGACUGUCGGUCUCUCCUAGGGGCUUUUGCUUUCCCGCUUUUCAGGAGAAGAGGAGAAAGAGCCGAGAAAAGCGUUCUUACUAGGCUGACGCGUAGGAAAAGAAAUCCAUUCGGUGCCUUAACCUACCGCCGGGAGCCUCUACAGAGAAGCGUGCCGCGGGAAUGUGGCUGCCCCGCCCGCCUGGCCGUCGGCUCGCUGCCUAGCCCUGUCCUUUGGCCCAGUGCUGAGGGAGGCCAGGUGAGUGCCGGGAGCCAGACGGGACUGUGCCCUCCGGCCAGGCCUCGAAAGCUGACGGGCGCGCGCUGGGGGUCGUGCCCCCAUCCUCGCCGCCCCCUCCCCCCGGAGGCCUGCCCGGGGCCGCCCGCAUUGUUCCGCGAUGACUCGGGAUCAAGCGACACAAAGGAGCGCCGGGCGGCCGGGCCGAGCGAGCCAAGGGCAAGAGGUCACUUCCGAACAACUGGGCCAGAAAAGCUCACUUCCAGGGGCGGGCCCCAAGGGGCGGGCCGGGGGAGGAGGCGGCUCAUUGAAGAAAGAUGUUCUCACACAGUACUUCCUGACAGUGAAGGAGAAUCUGCUGAUUUUGACAGCCAUAAAUCUGGUUACCUAAUCCCAAGCCAGUUCCCAUCCAGAAAAUGAUGAGCUCUGGCAUUCACCUGGGGAGACAAAGCUCAUCGGAAGUCGUUAAAUGUUUUAAUGUGACUCAUAAAGAAGGAAGAACUGGCCAACCAACCUACUAGCCAUGGCUUUCUCAGCAAAUCAGGGUGUGCACCUGCAGAAGCCUUUUCUAACAAGGUUUGCUUCACUUUGCAAUUGGUAUUAUUAAAUAUUUAUUGACCUUCUUGAA